AUGAUUUACUUGGAAGCUACUUUCCUCAUUGGUAGAUUCAGGGGUACUUUGACGGCUGCAACAUGUGUCAAUGGAAAUGAUGGUUUUUACCCAUAUGCCUUUGCUAUUGUUUUAUCUGAAAACAAAGACAAUUGGUUUUGUUUUCUGGAUAAUCUUCAACAAGUGGUCGAUGAUCGUCCGAUUGUUUUCCUUAGUGAUCGUCACGAAGAACUUCUGCAGGGCAUUCCAAGAGCAUUUCCUGGUUCAUAUCACAUCUAUUACUUUUACCACAUCAAGUGCAAUCUCCCUAUUGGAAAAGGUGAUGCGAAUUACAAUGCCGUUAUUGAUUUGUUUUACAAAGCUACUUACUCUUACACAACAACAAACUUUGAAGAAGCUUUGCGGGGCAUAUAUGCUGAUCACUCUUCAUUUAUUGCCGAGUCAUUCAAUAACUGGAUUCUUGAGUUCAAAAAGCUGUCUGCUUUUGCUCUUCUCGAUGCGAUACAUUUGAAGGUUAUGCAGAUGAAUUCUAAGAGAAGGGUAGAAGGUCUUGAAAAUUUUAACACUGGGCUCACUCCCGUAUACGAGGAUUUACUAAACGAGAACAUCAAUAUUGGUCGUACUUGGAUUGUUGUUGAGUCUAUGGAAAGAUUGUAUGAAGUCAGGUCUCCCCGCACUCAUUCUGUAGAUCUAUUGGAGAUAACUUGUACGUGUCACAGGUGGCAAGUGGGUGACCCUUCAAUGCUCUCUUCUUAUUGA